AUGGCCGCUAUCACUCGCGCGUCUUUUACCGACGACGAUUCGAUUGGCGAACAUUCACCUUUAGAAAUGGUUCGCAUGGAUGCAUCGAAAGGCAAACUUUCACUUACUCAACAUGAUCCCGACGAUCAUAUCAUGUUGGAUGAUUCAGGUGGAACAUUAGGUGGAAGUGGCUAUACUCAAAAUGAUUUUCUGUUAAAUUCAAGUACGGGUCUCAUUGAAGGAAUCAAUCGUGAAUACGAAAUUCCAAAUCUAUUCACGUAUAAAAAGAUUGAAGCAUUGCUCGAAACAAUGCAAGAUGAAAAUUCUGGUCUGCCGAUAAAAUCUGUUAAAAGUUUUAUGUCGAAGAUUCCGAGUGUAUUCACCGGUGGUGAUUUAAUUCAAUGGAUUUUAAAAACACUCGAUGUUGAUGAUACAGCUGAAGCACUUCAUCUCGCUAAUCUGAUGUCAUCUUAUGGCUAUAUUUUACCCAUCGAGGAUCAUGUUUUGACGAUAAAAAAUGAUGGAACAUUCUAUCGUUUUCAGACACCAUACUUUUGGCCAUCGAAUCACGGCGAACCCGAUAACAUUGAUUACGCUGUUUAUUUGUGUAAACGAACAAUGCAAAAUAAGACUCGCUUGGAAUUAGCUGAUUACGAAGCGGAAAACUUGGCUCGAUUACAGAAACUUUUUGCCAGAAAAUGGGAAUUUAUUUACAUGCAAGCUGAAGCACAAAUCAAAGUGGAUAAAAAACGUGAUAAAGUCGAACGAAAUGUUCUCGAUUCGCAAGAACGAGCUUUUUGGGAUGUUUAUCGUCCUGCACCUGGUUGUUUCAACAUGAGCGAGCAAGAUAUCAAAAAAUUAAUGCGACGUAAAGCACCGGUUCUCUCGUCACAUGCAUUAUCAAGUAAUCUAAGGAAAACAUCGUCGACAUCUGCAUCGAACACUGGACCCGCAUCAGCCUUAGCAUUCGCUGCCAACAAGAACCUUAUGACAAUGACUGUCGGAUUAUUGUCGGCAGGACCUCCAUCAGCAAAUCAAGAUCCAUACUCGUCAUUGAAUCGAAUAGGAAUGUUGCGUGAAUGCGAUGAAACUGCACUGAUUGAGCAGUUAUGUCAUGAAAUCGAAUUCCUCAAACAUCGUCUGGACCGAAGAUGUUUGAAAACGUCGAAAGUCUGCGAAAGUUAUGUGUCUUAUUUCGAACAGUAUGCAGAAUUUGAUCCAUUCCUAACACCUUGCGAGCCAUCCAAUCCUUGGAUAACUGAUUCAACUGACUUGUGGGAAUUGGAAAAGAUGGGCAAUGCAAAAGAGCUUUCGUCACGGCGUGUUAAACGAUGGGGAUUCUCAAUCAACGAAUUACUGAAAGAUCCAAUCGGUCGCGAUCAUUUCUGGAGAUUUCUUGACAAAGAAUAUUCCAGUGAAAAUUUAAGAUUCUAUGAAGCCUGUAUCCAGCUUCGAUGUCAUACACCACAGCAAGAUGUUCAUAAUCGAGUGCAUGAAAUUUAUAACGAAUUUCUCUCCCCAGGUGCUUAUUAUUCGAUUAAUAUUGAUCAACGUGUGAUGAAUCUAACGAAAAAUAAUAUGACACAUUCUCCUAGCCGUUACACAUUCGAUGAAGCUCAGGAUCAUAUUUUCAACCUAAUGAAUCGUGAUACAUACGCUCGAUUCUUACGAUCCGAAGCUUAUAAAGAAUUACUCUUAGGUGGAAAGAAAAAGAUAUCACCACCAUCAUUAAAAUCGGGCCGACUUUCCAUUGUCGUACGAACUCCAUUAGAAACUCUGUCGAUGGGUGGUAGUAGCAGUAUUAGCGGAAUCAAUGAAAGACAUUUAUUAAGUGGCGGCUCCCGUUAA